CUGUCAAUCUGUCAAAAACUGUUCGGCGACAACAUUCAUAAUUGGUCAGCAAACGAAAAACAACGAAAAAUUACAUAAUUUUAAGCUAUUUUAGGACCAUUUGGUUGCGAUGUUCCGCUCGGUGAGCACAAUAGCGACGCCGCUGCUGCUGGGUGCGGUGGCCGUGAAUGCCAGCGCCGGAGCAGACAAGCCGAAGUCUGCCGUCGCCGAGGAGCCCAAUAAAAUGGUCUGCCGACCAUCGGAACUUCCCCUCUACCGACCGCUCAACCAGAAAAUUGCCUGUGAAUGCCACCAGCGCCGGAACGAAUCGACCGGGCCGUCGGCCAUGCUUGAAGAGGGAUUCCGGGCGAUCCGUGUACAGGUGCAGGAAGCAUCGAAGCUGGUCGACGAUCAAAAGAAGCAAAUAGUCGACCUGGUCGAGGAAGGCAAGAAGCAAACUAAAUUCAUCAACGAUUAUCUGCACCAGGAGGACAAUACGAUGCCACGUGUCGGAGCCAUCGCGAUCGGUGGUUUGGCCGGUCUGAUCUUCGGUCUGCGCGGUGGCUUCUUCAAGCGCGUCAUCUACACCUCGUUCGGUGCCGGCGGCGUAGCGUCCAUCUGCUACCCGCAGGAGGCGGAAAUGUACGCCCAGCACGGAUUGGUGGAGGCGAAAAAGUAUGCUACGAUCGGGUACAACUUUGUGUAUGGCGUGAAGCCGGGCGAUAAGCAGCUGGAGCUGCCAACCAUCCCGUCCAACCUGGGCGAGCUGAAGGACAGUGUAUCGGGACUGGCGAAAUCCGCCUAUGACGCAGUAUUUUCCGAGAAGAAAUGAAAUCGGCUAGCGGUGUCCCUCUGUGCGUAACUCCCAAUUUACCUAUGCCCUUGUGAUUCGUGAUGCUGGUUGGUGUAGAAAAUUGCUACCGUGUGUCUGGUAAACAUGUUACUGGUAAACAAAAUAAAGCCUAGAUGAAUGGCCUUAGGUCACUAUCACCCUAGGUAAAGUGAAAA